GAAAUGAAGGAUGAGAAAGAAGUGAAGGUCAUCCAUCUUAAAGAAAUGGCAUCCAUUUCAUGGUUCAGCUGUCUUCACAUCCGACCAACAGCCUCUGCAGACAACAAAAUUUCUUCACCAAUAACCGUGGAACAUCAUAAAACAAGACCACAAAAUUUACUUUCUUCCUUAGAAGAAGGACAUGCUGUUAAUAGAAGACAACUGAUUCUUUACACAUCAACAGCAGCAAUUGCAGCUUCAUCUACUGUCUCAAAUGCAUUGGCACUCAAUGACGUGUCUGAGGAAUUUAGUGUCUACACUGAUGAUGAGAACAAGUUCAAGAUUGAGAUUCCUCAAGAGUGGCAAAACGGAACAGGAGAAUCUGCUGGAUUUAAAUCACUAACUGCUUUCUAUCCAAAAGAGCAAUCUAAUUCCAAUGUGAGCGUUGUGAUCACAGGAGUAGGACCGGAUUUCACUAAGAUGGAAUCGUUUGGCAAAGUUGAAGAAUUUGCUGACACUCUGGUUAGUGGAUUGGACAGAAGCUGGAAAAAACCACCUGGUGUGGCUGCUAAACUCAUAGACUGUAAAUCAUCUAAAGGAUUUUAUUUCAUUGAGUAUACGCUGCAAAGUCCUGGCGAGAGUCGCAAACAUCUAUAUUCAGCUAUUGGGAUGUUAACAAAUGGCUGGUAUAACAGACUAUAUACAGUAACAGGACAGUAUGGAGAUGAGGAAACAGACAAGUAUGCUUCCAAGAUUCAGAAGGCAGUUCGAUCGUUUAAGUUCACAUAGAGAAGAAAUAUUCAUGACGGGAGAGAAAUUUUUCGUUGCUUUCGGUCACGGGCUCCCUCAGGAUGUCUUCAUGACAUUAUUUAUUAGAUAUAAAUGUCUGUCUAAAUCCUAUUAGUAUGAUAUUUACUUCAAUACUGACAGGCCAAAGCAGUAUAAAUGAAUGACAUUAAUCGAUGUAAUGGACAAAGAUAUUUUGCAGUGAACAUCACCACAACUUCAAGAACAAUUGAAAAUACUCUUUUCAAA